UGGCUUUCUCUCUCUCUGUCUCUUCACCUUUACACAUUAUGUCUGCACUGACGCCUCUCAUUUCUCUCCUGUUCAGCUCGGCGUUGGUUUAAUCUCGGAAAUAUGGAUUGACUUUGAUUUUACUCGGUCGCCUGUUGAAGUUUUAAAGCGCAUUUCUCGGGCUGAUCGUGCCUCUGCUCAGCGAGCUUCAUGUUUCCUUCGGCAACUUUCGGAAGUAACUCGUUGCGGAUGCGUUCACACUGCUGAACUGAUCCGUGCGCGCGAUCCGAAGGAUUUUAAAUACGGAUCGAGUUCGAGGCUUUUCACACUUCUUUUAUUUGUGUUUAAAGUGAUGGCGGAGCGGGGAGCCCGGCUGCUCCUCUCUCUUUUCUGCCUCACGAUCAUAGUUUUACAUGCUGAGAAAGGAUCAGCAGUGAGGAACUUCAGCCCAUUCCGGUUUUCCACGGAGCCGUCAGAUACGCUGGCAGUGCGAGGAGCACCAACACUGCUCAACUGCUCAGCCCACAGCGAGUCUCCUGCCAAGAUCGAAUGGAAGAAAGACGGCUCUUUCCUCAGCCUGGCCUCGGACGAUCGCAGGCAGGUCCUGGCCGAGGGUUCUCUGCUCAUCAGCUCAGUGGUCCACUCUAAACACAAUAAACCCGAUGAGGGGGUUUACCAGUGCGUGGCCACUAUAGACAACCUGGGCACCAUCAUAAGCCGUACAGCUAGAGUCAAUGUUGCAGGGAUACCACGGUACCUCAGUCAGCCGGAAGCCGCGUCGGUGCGGCUGGGUGACAGUCACAUGCUGAACUGUGAGGUGAAUCCAGACCUGGUGUCUUUCAUCCGCUGGGAACAAAACAAAGAGCUGGUUGAGCUGGACCAGAGAGUCUUCACGCUGCCCAGUGGUGCUCUCGUCAUCAGUAAUGCCACAGAGGCAGAUGCAGGCCUGUACCGCUGCGUGAUCGACAACGCUGGGCCCACCAAGACCAGUGAAGAAGCAGAAAUACAGAUACUGCCUGAAUCAGGGGAGGAAAGGACCCUGGAGUUUCUCCUGGAGCCUCAGCAUGUGUAUAAAGCCAUUGGGGAGAGCGUGCUGCUCCCCUGUGUGGUGACGGGAUAUCCCACAGCCUACGUCACAUGGAUGCACAAAGACCAGCUCAUUGAGUACAGCAAGGGCCGCUUUGAAGUGCUUGGCGGAGGCAGUCUGCGGAUCUUCAAUCUCACUGAGGAAGACGCCGGUGUGUACAGCUGCGUGGCAGACAACACCAACGGAUCCAUUGAGGCCCAGACUGAGCUCACGCUGAAAGCUUCCCCACAGUUCCUGAAGAAACCAGCUAACAUAUAUGCUCAUGAAGCCACAGACAUCAUCUUCGAGUGUGAGGUCACCGGCUCACCCGCUCCCACCAUCAAAUGGGUGAAGAACGGAGAUGCCGUCAUUCCCAGCGACUAUUUCAAGAUCAUUAAGGAGCAGAACUUGCAGGUGCUGGGGCUGGUCAAGUCAGAUGAAGGUUUCUAUCAGUGUUUAGCUGAGAAUGACGCUGGCAAUGUCCAGGCAGGUGCUCAGCUCAUCAUAUUGGAUCAAGAUGUAGCCAUCCCCUCCCCCCCUCCCACCUCACUGACCCAUGCCACUACUGACCGUCUAAUGCCAGGCUCCAGAGGCGGCGCUGGUCCCACGCCCUCCGCCCCCCGUGACGUUGUGGCCUCCCUGGUCUCCACCCGCUUCAUCAAGCUGACCUGGCGCCUUCCUGCUGAACCGCAUGGAGAUGAUGUCACCUACUCGGUCUACUACAGCCUGGAGGACAAUAACAGGGAGAGGAUAGUGAACACCAGCCGUCCAGGAGAAAUGCAAGUCACCAUUCAGAACCUCAUGCCAGACACCAAGUACUCCUUCCGCGUGGUGGCCCACAACAGAAACGGCCCUGGAGAGAGCUCAGUGCCUCUGACGGUCGCCACCCAGCCUGAAGUCCAGGUACCUGGUCCUGCUCCAAACCUACAGGCAGUGGUCACGUCCCCCAGCACAGUGAGUCUCAGCUGGGAUAUGCCCCUUACAGGCGAGAUCCAGAACUACAAAAUUUACUACAUGGAGAAGGGCAUGGACAGUGAGCAGGAUCUGGAUGUGAACACACUGUCCUACACCAUGACUGGACUGAAGAAGUUCACAGAAUACAGUUUCAGAGUGGUGGCCUAUAACAAACAUGGACCUGGAGUGUCCACUGAGGACAUAUCUGUGCGCACAUACUCUGAUGUGCCCAGUGCUCCGCCACAGAACAUGACGGUUGAAGUGCUGAACUCUAAGAGCAUCAUGGUCAGAUGGCAGCCUCCGCCAGCAGAUGCUCAGAACGGUGAGAUCACCGGCUAUAAGAUCCGCUACAGGAAGGGUACGAGGAAGAGCGAGGCGGCGGAGAUUACUUCAGGAUCGCAGCUCUAUCAGCUCAUAGAUGGUCUGCAGCGAGGCACUGAAUAUAUGUUGCGAGUGUCGGCCAUUACGGUCAACGGCACGGGUCCGGCCACAGACUGGACCACUGCUGAGACGUUUGAGAGCGAUCUGGAUGAGACAACUGUGCCAGAUGUCCCGAGCUCCUUGCACGUGCGGCCACUUGUGAACAGCAUUGUAGUGAGCUGGACGCCCCCAGAGAACCAGGACAUUGUGGUGAGGGGUUAUACUAUCGGCUAUGGGAUCGGCAGCCCUCACGCCCAGACCAUUAAAGUGGACUACAAACAGAGAUACUACACCAUUGAGAACUUGAAUCCCAGCUCGCACUACGUUAUCACACUGAAGGCCUUCAACAACGUGGGGGAGGGAAUCCCUGUGUAUGAGAGCGCUAUCACACGACCCCAAUCAGACCCCAUAGACCCUGAUGUUGAUUUGUACGAACUUUUCCAUGCUCCAUACACUCCAGUACCAGACCCUUUACCCAUGCUGCCUCCUGUGGGCGUUCAGGCGUCCGUUCUGAGCCACGACACCAUCAAAGUCACCUGGGCGGACAACUCACUGCCCAAGAACCAGAAGAUCACAGAUGCACGUUACUACACGGUGCGCUGGAAGACCAACAUACCCGCAAACACAAAGUUCAAGGUGGCUAAUACCACCACACUGACUCACACAGUGACGGGUCUUAAACCCAACACCUUGUACGAGUUCUCGGUCAUGGUGACCAAGGGCCGGAGGACCAGCACAUGGAGCAUGACUGCACAUGGAACAACUUUUGAAACAAUCCCAAGUUCUGCGCCUAAAGAUGUGACUGUAGUGAGCAAAGAGGGACAACCACGAACCAUCAUCGUCAACUGGCAGCCACCCUCAGAAGCCAAUGGAAAGAUCACAGGUUACAUCAUUUACUACAGCACUGAUGUGAAUGCAGAGGUUCACGAUUGGGUCAUUGAGCCAGUAGUGGGGAACAGGCUAACCCAUCAGAUUCAAGACCUGACCCUUGAUACCACCUACUACUUCAAGAUCCAGGCGCGUAACUCUAAAGGGAUGGGUCCCAUGUCUGAUGCUGUCCAGUUCCGCACUCCUAAAGCUGAAUCCUCUGACAAAAUGGCUAAUGACCAAGCUCCAGGUAUAUUGCUGAAAGCAGGAAGACCCUCUGUACAAGAACAAGGUUUUGGAUCAGUUGGGAAAACAGAUAUGUCUGGCACUGGUGAUAACCACAUCCUGGUUAUUGUCAUAAUUGUGUCUGUGGGUGCAUUUACCAUCAUCCUGGUGGUGGUUGGCGCCUUCCUGUGUACACGCCGUACCACAACACAGCAGAAAAAGAAACGUGCAGCCUGCAAGUCCGCCAAUGGAUCCCACAAGUAUAAGGGCAAUUCCAAAGAUCUUAAGCCACCAGACCUCUGGAUCCACCACGAACGUUUGGAGCUAAAACCUAUCGACAAAUCGCCUGAACCCAAUCCAGUCAUGACCGACACACCAAUCCCCCGAACCUCCCAGGACAUCACCCCGGUGGAUGGCUCCAUGGAUCCUAUGCUCCAGAGACGUAACUCUUACCGUGGCCAUGAAUCAGAGGACAGCAUGUCUACACUGGCAGGCCGUCGGGGAAUGAGACCUAAAAUGAUGAUGCCCUUUGAUGCACAACCCCCUCAGCCUGUGAUUAGUGCUCACCCCAUCCAUUCCCUCGAUAACCAUCACCAUCAUUAUCACUUGGGCAGCCUGGCCUCGCCAACACGCAGCUAUCUCCACCACCAGAGCAGCACGCGGUCCAUCGCCACCCCCAUCUCUCAUCUAGACAGGGCAGAGUCCACAGAGUCAGUAAGGAACACCCCUAGUGCUGACAUGCACCCUCCGUCUGGGCAGCCCUCCUGCACCACUGACCUUUCAGAGACAGACAUUAGCUACCACAGCUCAGCCGCUGAGGAGGAGCCAGCAUUCAGUACACCCACAGCACAUGUUCGUCCCACGCACCCACUCAAGAGUUUUGCAGUGCCUGCCAUCCCAGCUCACCCCAUGUAUGACUCAGCAGCAUUACCCAGUACUCCACUGCUGUCUCAGACAGGGCCUCACUCAGUUAAAACAGCCUCUAUCGGUACGUUGGGAAGGACGAGAACUCCUAUGCCUGUCAUAGUUCCAAGUGCACCGGAUGUCUCGGAAAGUAGCAGACUGCAUGAAGAUGCAGGGAGCAAUUAUGAGACGGACGAGUUGACGGAGGAAAUGGCCCAUCUGGAGGGCUUAAUGAAGGACCUAAAUGCCAUCACGACAGCCUGAGCACAAUCCUCACAAUAACACUAGACCUCACCUGUCACGGGGAGGACGUCCUAUACAGCAUGGAGGAGUUCUCAAUCAUUCGCUAAAUGGAGAGAGAAGAGAGUGAGAUAGGAAAAAAAACACUAAUGUUUGGCAUACCUUGCUUACUCUCAGGAAGGAGAAACCCAUCAAAUGAGGACAAUGGACAUUCUUGGAGAAAGGACGUGGUUACUUCAACCAGAUGACUGCGAUUUUUCUCUCAGCAUCCUAAAACGUUUCCUUAUGUUUCAGCGGAGACCGUUUGAAAAGACACCGUUUUAUUAGGAAAACUACAUUAUGCUGGUGUACGUGUUGGUGCUUGUAAGGCACAAUUUACAGUGUUUCAUUUGUGUCUUUUCUUUGUAUGUUUUUGUAUCUAUAUAUAUUGCACCCGUUUCAGUGAGCUGAACGAUGGACAUCGUCCUUUUUAUUUCUGCAACUCAUUUUGUAUUAAGCAUUUUGAUUGUCUUUUUCUCUUUUGUAUGUCAUAUAAUGUGCCAUGUCUUAUUUUCUUAAACAUGUUUUGUAUUGUUUUAUAUGCAUAUACACUUAUCUGUUUGUAUAUACGUUUAAAAUGGACUAAUUUCAUCACCACAGCAAUGUUUCCAUUUAGUCAGAGACAUGCUGCUUUUUCAUUUGCCAUUAGAAUGGAUUUUUGCAGUCUGCGAACGUCCCCCUUCUACAUUAUGCAUUAUGUUUUAAAUGGGAGUUCCCGUCAGAUAUGCCUUAUUGAAUUUGUGUGGAAUGGCAGAAAUCAGUACAACUGGGAAAUAUUUUCUAAAUGUUUAUCACACAACACUGUGAUAUUUAUUCUGUAAUGCUGAACUGUUACUGGUCACUCAGUCCAUUGGUACGAGAACGUAGACCUCCAUCACGCAUGCCGUCAGACUUGGUGCUGAAACGCAAAACUUCAGGUUGCACACAUGUAACUGCUAACUGAACAAAUUUGGUACAUUGGAAAGUGCUUUAUAUGGUUUAUUUCCUCUUGCUGCAUUAGUCUAAAUUCUUGUAUCAGAGCUUACACGAAAGCACUGUGAGAGUUUACGGACCACAUGCUUGGCACUUAAUGCAACAAAGUGCAAAUGCAACAAACUUUUCUACAGAACUCCCAGUGCUCAUCUUUUAUUUUCCAUUAUAUUUCUUGUAUUUGUUUCAUAUGAAGUACUUGUAUAGAAUUUCAAUGUGCGAGGCAAAAAAAAACAACUAUUCCUCCCCUGCUGGAUAUGGUUUUGAUCUGUACUUUUACCCAAAGAAAAUAUGUAACAGCAAUCAUAAUUUUGUUUUAUGAAUUUAAUGUCUCAAACAUUUUCUUGAAUGUCAUUCUGACUGUAAGAAAUUCUGGGUAACUAUAGGAACAUGUUAAAAAGCUUGGUAAAAAAACAAAAUAUGACCUAUUUGGGAUAACCUAUCAAGUUGUAGACAGUCAAACCUUUAUUGCACUUUUUCAACAAUUUCAAGAAAAGAAAAAAAAAACAUUUUUACAUAUCCUGUGUUUUGAAUAUAAAGCUCUAUUUGUGUAAUGUAGUGUCAUAGUUUAGCAUAGGCAGCUGGUCUUAUUUGUUCUUUUGCCUCUGAAAUAAUAUUUGAGCGGCAGGUUUUACUGUGUUGCAUAUGCAGAAUUCUGUUGUUGCUUAUUUCUGUACAAAGAUCAUCUUGCUGUCUCUAGAAAUACUCUGUGGCUUUU